AUGGGCCUGGAGAAGUUCUACCGAGAAGAUCAUGCCUUCUACAAGGUCAUAAUUGGCGAUUUCAACGCCAAGAUUGGCCCAAGAAGAACGCCGGAGGAACUUCACAUCGGGACCCACGGCCUACAAUGGAAUGAACAGGGGGAGAGGUUCUCCGAGUUCAUCAUGACGACUAAGACUAUCCAUGGGAACUCGCAAUUCCAGAAGCCCUCCUCUCUACGCUGGACGUGGGAGUCACCCGGUGGAGGAUACCGUAAUGAAAUUGACCACAUCAUCGUCAAUAAAAGGUUCUGCCUGACGGACGUCGCUGUUGUACCAAAGUUCUAUACGGGAUCGGACCAUCGCCUCCUCCGAGGAAGAUUUUCCUUCACAAGGAGAGCAGAGAAAGCCGCAAAGUUCAGAGAGAGAAAUCCCAAGACUACCAUCAACUGGGAUCUCUUCGCUACGCUAGCCGGCUUUUGGGAAGAUUCCGCAAUGGACAACAUCGACGAGGAAUUAGACCGGCUCGUUGAACACCUUCGCGACUGCACGAGGAAGGAGAGAAGAGCAGAAGUGCUGGCUGAAGCUGCAGAGGUGGGUAAAAUCAUCCGCUAUGCCAGUCGAGACUUCGCCAGUCACAAGACGAGGAUGACUGCUCUCCGGAGCCCAAAGGGAACAGCCAUUGCAUCGAGAAGGGGGAUGGAGAAAAUCAUCUACGACUUCUACUCUGAUCUCUUCGACAUGAUUGAAAAAGUCUUGGAUGAAGGACAGUCAUGCGAGCAAGCAGGGUUUCGAAAAGGAUUCAGCACGAUUGACCACAUUCACACUGUUUCGAAACUCAUCGAGGUAUCACGAGAGUACAAGAUGCCGCUCUGUCUCACCUUCAUCGACUUAAAGAAGGCCUUCGACUCAGUUGAGACGGAAGCGGUCGUGGAAGCCUUGGACAACCAAGGCGUCCCUACUCAGUACAUAAAGGUGCUUCGAGAGUUGUGCAGUAACUUCACGACCGGAAUUUCGAUACUCUACAAAAAUUUCGUCUUUGACAUGAGGAGGGGGGUCCGACAGGAUGAUACAAUUUCACCCAAAAUAUUCACAGCCACCCUCGAGAACGCAAUGCGAAAGUUGGAAUGGGACGACAUGGGAGUGAAGGUUGAUGGUCGGCAGCUACACCAUUUACGCUUUGCUGAUGACAUCGUACUGAUAACACCUAGCAUCAGCCAAGCGGAACGAAUGCUGACCGAAUUCGACGAAACAUGUGGAUGCAUCGGUCUUCAGCUGAAUCUACAAAAGACGAUGUUCAUGCGGAACGGAUGGGUUUCGGAUGCCCCAUUCACGCUCAACGGAACGAACAUAUCCGAAUGCACCAGCUACGUUUACCUGGGUCGGGAACUGAACAUGAUGAACGACCUGAUCCCCGAGCUGGGCAGGAGGAGACGAGCGGCUUGGGGAGCGUACAAGAGCAUCGAGGAUGUAGUGAAGAAGACCAGGAACACCCGGCUCCGUGCUCACCUCUUCAACACCACCGUACUUGCUGCUUUGACCUAUGCUUCGGAAACCUGGACAUUUCGCAAGCAGGAGGAAAACGCGCUGAGCGUCAUUGAACGCGCAAUUGAGAGAGUGAUGCUAGGAGUAUCCCGUUUCACGCAAGUGAGGGACGGGAUUCGAAGUUCUCUCCUACGUCAACGAUCGAAGAUUAGAGACGCCGCCGUGUUUGCCAAGGAAAGUAAAAUAAGGUGGGCCGGACACGUGAUGCGCUUUGAUGACAACCGUUGGACCAGAGCCGUGAGCGACUGGGUUCCCCGCGAUAUUAAGCGCACUACAGGAAGACCGCUGACCCGAUGGUUAGAUUUCUUCACGGAGUCCUUCAAAGAAAAAUAUGAUGCUCUUCGUGUCCCACGCGAAAGGUGGAACCACUGGGCUACUCUGGCACGCGAUCGGGACAAAUGGAAGGAUUACUGGCGCCCGCUCGACCAGUUCGAAGAUCAACGGGAGUCAAGGUGA